AGAACAGGAUGGUGGUUGGGGGUGACGAAGUAGAGAGGAGAAAGGAACAGCUGGUCAUUGUGAGCAAAAUGGCUAUUAGCCUUCAACCGUACUAUACAUUUAGUCAAGCUGUUUCUCAAUUCUAGUCCAGCUAAAGAUAUUGGAGGGAGAAGAGGAGAGACAUUCAGGCAGGAUCCCAUGACACAUUCUACUUCGCAAUACUCUCUCAUUGAAGUCCCAUGACAAAUGGUGUCAGUACUCAAAAGGAGUACUAAUGGACCCCAGAGUUCUGACCCCAUAAUCUGGAAAAAGGGAGAGAGAGUAACAGGAAGUAAGCAAAUAAUGAGUGGCUGUUCUGUUUUUCCUGUGAUCAUGAUGUCCUUCAUGCCUGUGGUGUGGGCUGUUAUGGGGAGUGAGCUAAGACUGUCCAGACAAGGAAUGAGUGACAGCCAACUCACUAAAGUCAUCCAUGGAUUCAGAGUCAAACGUGGCUGGAUCUGGAACCAACUGUCAGUUGAGGAAGAAGAUCCAACUCCAAAAAUAAUUGGUCAGCUGAAAUCAACCUACGACACAGGAGACUUUGCCAUCAGGUAUAGCCUGUCUGGAGAGGGAGCAGGAGAGAUAUUUAACAUUGAUGAGUUCAGUGGUGAAAUCCAUAUUCAUAAGAGCCUGGACAGGGAAAAGAAGGCCUUCUAUGUGCUCCACGGUGAAGCUAUUGACCGCAGAACUGGCCACGCAGUAGAGCCUGAGUCAGAGUUCAUCAUCAAAGUCCAGGAUAUCAAUGACAAUGCUCCACAGUUCAUAAAUGAACCCUACACUUCCAGUAUCCCUGAGAUGAGUCCAAUGGGGACUACAGUGGUUCAAGUGACAGCCAUAGAUGCAGAUGAUCCCAUGUUUGGAAAUAAUGCCAAACUCAUAUAUUCCAUUCUGCAAGGAGAGCCUUACUUCUCAGUAGAGCCAAAGACAGGUAUAAUAGUAACCUCUUGGCCAAACAUUGACAGAGAAGCAAGUGAGAAGUACCUUGUUGUAAUUCAGGUAAAAGAUAUGCUUGGAAUUACUGGAGGCUUCAGUGCUACAACAACAGUGACCGUCACCCUUACUGAUGUGAAUGACAAUGGGCCUACCUUUCAACAUAACCUAUACACGUUUGCCAUAGUGGAAUCAGCACCAGUUGGCACAACAGUUGGUAGGGUCAUGGCAGAGGAUGCUGAUGUUGGAGUGAAUGCCAAGAUGAACUACACUCUAGAUGACCUGGAGGAAAGCGCAACUUUCAGGGUCCAGACAGACCCUGCCACACAGGAGGGUAUAGUGAUACUGUCCAAACCUUUAGAUUAUGAGAGCAAGAGGCGCUUUGUGAUUGCCAUAGAGGCCAUCAAUUCUUUUGUGGACACGCGAUUCCUAAGCAUCAAUGAAUUUCGGGACAGGACAAUGCUCAAAAUUCUGGUGAUGGAUGUGGAUGAGCCACCUGUCUUUUCUGCACCGUUCUAUGAGUGGAAAGUUCUAGAGAAUGCACCCGUUGGUACAUUGGUUGGCACAGUAUAUGCCAGAGAUGCAGAUGCUGCCAAUAACCCCAUCAGGUUUUCCAUAUACAAUGAGAUGAAGAAUGUCUUCAGGAUUGACAUCAACAAUGGAACAGUAUCCCUGGUCAAACCUUUGGACCGAGAGACUGCAGCAUGGCAAAAUCUUACUGUUAUUGCUAAAGAAAUGAGUAAAAAUCAGCUCUCCUCAGUUUCCGUGGUCAUUAAAGUCCUAGAUGUCAAUGACAACAUACCCACUCUGUCUAGGGCCUACCAACCCUAUGUGUGUGAGGGCAUACAGGCAGGGGAAGUCAUCCAGGUUAUAAGUGCUGUGGAUGCAGAUGAUCCAGCAGAAGGUCAUCAUUUUUAUUUUUCCAUGGUGCCAGAUAAAAACAUUAACCCCAACUUCACCAUCAGGGACAACCAAGACAACACAGCAGGCAUUUUGACCCGUCGUAGCACAUUUACACAUCGUGAUUGGAUACUGUAUCAUCUCCCCGUGAUCAUAACAGACAAUGGCUCUCCUCCUCUAUCCAGCACUACCACCUUCACCAUCAGUGUGUGUGUAUGCCAGUCUAGAGGGCACUGCCCAUCUAGUGGAAUGGAAGCAUUGGCCCUAUCUGUGGGUAUGCAGGCCCUCCUAGGCCUCUCUAUAUGCCUCAUCACAGUAAUAGUGCUUGCUUUACUAUUGGUAGCUGUGUGGAGACACAGGACAGUACAACAGCAGAAUCUUGCUAUCCAGGAGCUUGACACAGAGGAGUACUCAGAGAAAAUCGUAUAUCACAGUGAGAGUGAAGGAAUUCCAGAUGCAGCCAACUCUAACCAGUUAGUCCCACUGAGGCCACACCCACACCGCCACAAGCACACAUUCUGUAGAGAGGAAGUGGUAGCAAGUGUACGCAUGUCUCUAUGCCACUCACACCUUAUUGGUCCAGAGGAUGAAGUCUUCCAUCAGUUUAUGAUAGACCGGCUGGCUGAGGCUGACCAGGACCCCUGUGUCCCUCCCUUUGACUGCUUGCACACUUAUGCCUAUGAGGGUUCUGGGUCACUAGCAGCCUCGCUUAGCUCACUGGAAUCCUCAAACUUUGACCCUUAUUUCGAUCGAUCCAAUGACACUGGCCCAGGGUUUUUAAGACUGUCUCGCUGGCAAGGUGCUAAUGAUUAUGAGUCUUCAUUCUGAACUGAGGAGAAAUUAAGCUGAACUCUAUAGGCAGUGACAGAAUCCAAAGAGCCCCCUCGGCUUAGUGAAAUCUUUGACUUUUGAUCCCUGUAAAGACCAUCCAUGUGACUGCUGGACAUGAUUCUUUUAUGAAGCAAGAGAUGAGAUUUAAUGCUUCAUUAAAAAUAGCUAGUGUAUUUUUUAAAUACUUUUGAAACACUUCACAGGCUUUGUUAACUCCCUGUAAUCGUUAACUCAUGUGUUGAGCCUUUCUUGGAAAGGUACUGAAGGUGAAGGUACUUCAUUAUGUACUGAAAAGAAAUGGAAGUGUAUUGAAGUAAUUAAAUAAAUAGUGACUUCAGAAUGGCAUAUUUAUUCAAUUGUUUUAAAUAUAUUUGUGUAAGAAAAUCUUUUAAUGAUGUAGUGCUCCAUAGAAUGCCCUAUUGGGAGCCAGGAUAUCAGAAUAUAAGAACUGCAUAGAUGCAUUAACCAUUUUCUACUGAAGCUUGACAGCUUAUACCCUUGUAGAACCCAAUUUCAAAGGAAAGAGGAUUGGGGGACAGGCAGACUUUGAUGCAGCUUUGGGGCUCAUUUUAUCUUUAUUUUUCUCUUUUUUUACACUAGCUGCCUUUCAGUACAUGUUGUCGAAACCUUAAAUUCUUUCAACCAAAACUAAUGGAAAUAAAAUUCAGUCCAAACAACUUGUGGCUUUCGCCAUGUUCAAGCCCAACUUUAAGUUUAAGUUCCUGCCGGGUGUGUUAUGUUGGCUCUGUCUCUCUUUCUCUCUUGCUCACUGCAUUCACUGAAAGGACAGACAAAGUGCAUAUAAACUGGCCAUAAUCACACACAGGUGAGAAUCGUCAUGCGUUCAUUAUCUCUCUAACUCAGUGGGCUCUUAAAUUCAUGACCUCCAUAUUUGGCCAUCAGACAUUUUAUAAUAAUUUUUUAACGAAAUUGUUGGUAAUGAACUCUAUGAGUUUAGCCACUAAUGAGAUAAAAACAAUAUAUGAGAGGAAAUAGAAAAGCUCAAAAGCAGCUACCAGUGUCUUAGAGGUUUUUUUUUUAAUGAAAUUGUUACGUUUCCACAGAAGGCAAAGGCUUUGGGUGAGUGUAACAAUGAUAACAAUUUAAGAUUGUGGGUUUAUUGGAUGAUAGUGAUGGUGGAUAUGAAUAGGACAGGAGGUUAGAGGUAGGGUUAUCACUUUUAUUUCUGCCCCUGCCCUUUUUCAAAAAAAAUUAAAAGUGCCCCUCUCAACAUUAAUUAAUAAACAAUUAUAUUAUGUAAACAGCACUUGAGUGCCAAUUAACACGAGAACAUGCACAAAACAGUAGCAAAUUAAUUACAAGAAAAUCAGAGAAUUACCCUAUUUAUUUGUUAAGUCUCCAGUUAGAUAGUCUUGUUGUCAUGACACAAUCGGUAUGCUGAAACCACUAGCUCUUCUGCUAACCUUUUCAUAAUAUUAGUAGCAUUGUAUAUGCUUCUUACCAGUAGUUUUCUAAUUGACUGAGAGGGAAUGUGUUGGUAAGUAUUAGCUACUCAGGUUCGUUAAAUUUCCAGACAUGCAAGUAACCUUGUUAUAUUAUAUGUAUGUCAUAUACUCAAUAAAUGAACGAUGCCAAACAGACAGAGAGGACAGAAAUUUAAAGAAAAACUGAAGGAGGCAGCAAAAGGUAUAGCUUCCUUAUCAACAUGGGUGAAGAAAGGUGAUCUAAUAUAUCUGAUCUGAUACACCGAUUAUCGUUGCCCACAGCUUCAGGCUGUGUGCACUCAGGUGUGUGUGAGUUUUGACAGUUGGAGCCAGGCUCUGAACAUUCCCUCAAUGUAAAUGAAUGGGAGCUUUUGGGAAUUUUCAUUGUCGCAACAGGAAUACCAGGAAUCCGAUCAAUUUGGAAAAAUAGAGCCUGACCAGUGUCUUCAGACUGGAGUAUGCUGAGUUUCUUGGAAGUAGCUUGAAAGUUCAACGAGUUAUAACAGUCAGAAAUUUUUAAUGAAAGUCAGUGGGAAUUUUGGCCAAUUUGAGUUUCUGUACCAGUAAUCCAGAAUUCUGAUCCCUUGGAAAAGAUACAGCAACUUGAGUCAGAACAGUCUGAAGGUCUGUGCCAAGUUUGGUGCAUGUAGUUUGAAAGUUCUGGGAGGCAAUACCAUUGCUAUUUUUGGGUCUCACAGGAAUAAUAAUAACUAGAUAGGUAAAGUUCGUGACAAACUUUGAUGUUGACUUGAGAAAGCCAUAUGAAAGAUUUAACAUUUUAUAAGCUUUAAAUUAAGUGAAGUGGAAAGAGGAAGAAACAAACACAUUGCUAGUGUGAAUUAACAUGUUUUAGCACAUUGCUAGCAUGAAUUAGCAUGUUGCUGACAUGAAUUACCAUGUUUUGACACUGCUACCAUGAAUUAGCCAAUUGCUAGCAUGAAUUACAACAUUGCUUUCAUAUAUUAGCACAUUGCUAUCAUUAAUCAGCUUGUUGUUAGCAUAAAUUAGCAUGUUGCUAGCAUGGAUUAGCAUGUUGCUAGCAUGAAAUAGCACUUUGCUAGCAGGGAUUAGCAGGUUGCUCGAAUGAAUUAGCAUAUUAUAACACACUGCUAACAUGAAUUAGCAUGUUGCUAGUCUGUUUUAUCAUGUUACAAGUAAGAUUUAGCAAGUUGCUAGCAUGGAUUAGCAUGUUGCUAACAUGAUUUAGAAUGUUGCUAGCAUGAAUUAGCAUGUUGGUAGCAUGAAUUAGCAUUUUUGCUAGAAUGAAUUAGGAUGUUGUUAGCAUGCCAUCAUAAAUUAGCAAUUUUAAAUAAACUGCUUACAUGAACUAGCAUGUUGUUACCAUUAUUUAGCAUGUUAUUAGCAUGAUUUAACAUGUUGCUAGUAUGUUUUAGCAAACUGCUAGCAUGAAUUAGCGUGUUUUAAGACACUGUUACCAUAAACUAGCAUGUCGAUAGCAUGAAUUAUCAUGUUGCUUGUAUGUUUGAGCACAUUGCUAGUAUUAAUUAGUAUGAUGCUUGUCUGAUUUAGCAUGUUGCUAGCAUGAAUUAGGAUGUAGCAAUCAUGAAUUAGCAUUUUUUUAAAUUAACCUGAAUUAGCAUGCUGCUAACAUGAAUUAGCAUGUUUUAACACACUGCUAACAUGAGUUAGCAUGUUGCUAGCAUGAAUUAGCACAUUACUAUCAUGAAGUAGAAUGUUGCUUGCAUGUUUUAGCACACUGCUAGCAUAAAUUAGCAUGUUUUAACACACUGCUAACAUGAAUUUGCAUGUUGCUAACAUGUUUAGCACAUUGCUAGCAUGAAUUAACAUGUUGCUAGCAUGAAUUAGCAUGAUGCACAUUGCUAGCAUGAAUUAGCAUUAUGCUAGCAUGUUUGAGCACAUUGCUAGCAUUAAUAAGCAUGUUACUUGCCUAAUUUAGCAUGUUACUAGCAUAAAUUAGCAUGUUGCUACCAUGAAUAAUCACUUUGCUAGCAUUUAUUAGCAUGUUUUAACACUAUCAUUAAUUAUGUAUUUGUUUACUCAAGCUUACCCUGAGUUUUUUUUACUCAAAGCACAGUCUUACCUAACAAUCUCUCUCUCUCUUUACCUCCCUCUCUUUCUCUCCUUUUGUCGAGCCACACAUGAUUUUAUGGAGAUGCCAGUGAUCCUGAUCCUUUCUGCUCUCCGGACCUGCCUGAGCUGUUCGGAUGCCCUACCUCUGGGUGGAGCUCUCAUCCACUCCAAUUCCAUAUGGACGUUCGCGCUGUGGUUGCUGGAACUACGGUUGCUACUACGGCCUUGGGACUGCAAUAACAACACGCAGUUUUUCACUCAGGUCUCCUUGGUGAACAGUGGACUAGUUCAACAAACAGACUUCAUAUAAAAACCAUAAUGAACUUUCCUUUACUUUUGCACUAUCUGUUGUUACCCAGAUGAGUAUGGGUUCCCUUCUGAGUCUGGUUCCUCUCAAGGUUUCUUCCUCUUAACAUCUUAGGGAGUUUUUCUUUGCCACCAGCUUGCACAAUUGGGAUUAAUCCACACACUUAAAAUCUGUAUCCUGUGUUUAUAUAUUUAUGUAAAGCUGUUUUGAGACAAUGACAGUUGUAAAAAGUGCUAUACAAAUAAAAUUGAAUUG